AUGGGGCAAUGCACGUGCGGUCCGGCCACGAAUCCAGCUGUUCCCCUCAAGGGGCAGCCUCAGGGCUCCCUUAGCAAAAAUGCUGGACGCGGUGCGCUCUACAGACUGGACAGCCUGACAGCGCCACCAGACAAUGCCAACCCUGAAGCACCAAAGUCCGUAGCAGAACACGCAACAAACCAAGUUCACCUCGCCUCGAAGACAAAAUGGCGCCUCCUUACUGCCUGCCUCAUGAAUUUUGGCAACGGCAUGAACGACAGCGCCCCCGGCGCCCUGCUCCCUUACACCGAGGUCGACAAUGAGAUCGGAUACGCCAUCGUUUCACUCAUCUUCAUCGCCAACGCCGUCGGCUUCCUCCUCGCGGCUCCGUUGAACUACACCAUCCAGACAGAACUGGGCCACUCGAAGAGCUAUGCAUUGUCCAUGGGGCUGAUUGCGGGAGGAUACAUAGUCAUUGCAGCUCACCCGCCGUUUUCGGUUGUCGUGGCUGCGUUUCUUCUUCUGGGGCUUGGAAUGGCACUCAGCAUCGCCAUGAAUAAUUUCUUUUGUGCAAAUCUGGCGAACGCGACUACAGCACUGGGGUGCUUCUCCGGUGCUUAUGGCAUUGGUGGUGUUGUUUCGCCGUUGAUUGCGACGGCGAUGGUUUCGAGCGGGGUUCGCUGGAGUUUUUCCUACAUUAUACCUUAUGGCCCUCUCCGCUGCGAACCUAGUCUUCUCGGCCUUCGCAUUCGUUGA